AUGUCUUCUUCAAGUGUUAUAGCGGAAAAUAAACCUCUUCUUAUUGCCAUUUCAGGAGGGAGCGGUAGCGGAAAAUCUACUUUAAUGAAAGAAAUUUUGAAUCUCUUUGCUGAAAAAGUGACAACACUUUCUCAAGAUUGUUACUAUAAGGAUCUUUCUCAUUUACCUGUUGCAGAACGGGAAAAAGUUAACUUUGAUGCCCCAGAGUCUCUAGAUUUUGAUCUUUUAACAGAACAUGUUCGUCAACUUUCUGAUGGUAAAAGUAUUCAACGGCCUAACUAUGACUUUAAAACGCAUACGCGCACUGGUCAGCAAGAUACCGUAAAUCCAAAUAAGAUUAUUAUUGUUGAAGGAAUUUUGUUGUUUGCUAUUCCUGAAUUGCGAGAACUUUUUGAUAUUCGCCUCUUUAUGGAUGUUUCUAGUGAAGAACGUCUUAUUCGGCGCAUCAAUCGGGACAUGGCGGAAAGAGGACGCAGCUUGCACUCUGUUUAA